GAGAAAGACGACCCCACUGCUCCCCUUCGUUUUGUCAAAUCUCCAAACACCACAAGGUCAAACUGGUUAACUUGGGAGGUGUUGCCAAAAUUACAAAAAAUAUAUUAAAAGGAUAGUGUCCUCGUUAUAGACGUUUCGUGCUCAUUUUCCUUGCUCUCCAUUAAGAAAGCAGACUGUUAUGGACCCUAACGCCCCUCCCAAUGAGAAGUCUUCCAUGGGCCAGAUGUCCCCUCCGCCCUACCAGGACAAUCCGUACCCGGGAUACCCUCAACCUGGGCCAGGGUACCCCCAGCCUGGACCCGGUGGUUACCCUCCUCAUCCGCAGGGGUCUGCAUAUCCGCCAAAUUAUGGCGGUGCUCCGUACGGACAGCAGCAGUACACGGCAGGUCAACAGUACCCACCUCAGCAAACCACGGUCACCGUCCAGCCCGCGGUGUACGUGACGCGAGGUCCGCUGGAGAACCCCUACAAUGACUACCUGGGCUACUCCAUCUUCACCAUGCUGUGCUGCUGCCUGCCUCUUGGAAUCGCCGCCCUCAUCUAUUCAAUUAAUACCCGGGAAUCAAACCACAAUGGGGAUCAGCUGAAGGCCGAGCGGUGCAGCCGGACUACCAGAACCCUGAACCAUGUGGCCCUGGGACUCGGCAUCGGGGCUUACCUCAUCCUGGUUGUCUAUUUUGUGGUUCUAUUGAGCGUGGUGUAAAUGGUUAACUUGUUUCGUUAAUGUCUCAUAUCCUGAUCCCCAUUUUCUAACCAAAUCACAUUACUGUGGUCGUUAUGUUGAAGUCACUUGAUUGUCUGUUUGUUAAAGGAAAAAUGUACGGCAUAUUACUUCUGUCGGACAAUUUGAUCUGGUGUGCUUUGUUUAUUAUCCAAAUAUUUCGAUGGAACAUCAGCUCCUUUCCGACCAGCUUCACUGGCAUUUUAGUCUAUGUGUAAAAACACCAGAUUUUUAUUUCAAGCUAGUUUUACAGGUGUCAACAGAGCAGGCACUUUCAAAAUAAACAUUGAAGGCAAUAGAUUGGACAUGCAGGACUGUCUUUUCAAUCCAUCACGGGCCAGAGGGAAAUAAAACCUUUUUCAUGAACAUGUGCUGUUCUUCCUCUUCUUUUCGAGGAGAAAAAUGCUUCCCCUGUCCCUCAAGAGACACCGUUCCUCAUAUCGUCAGUAGCUGCCAUUGUUUUGGGCUAAGCUAUGGUACCAUCAUCCCCUCAGGUUCUGGAGUCCAAAUAAGCUUGGCUAUGACACAGCACAAGGAAGAACUCACGACAUGCUUUUGGGUGGAAUUUGGAUUUCCCCUUGAGAGAUGUUAAAGAAGAUGAAAAAAAAUCUGUUUCUUGAAAUCCAUUGCAUAGUUUUGUUUCUGCAGGCUGGUAUCGGUGGGUGUUAAAAAGGGAUUGCAAGUGGUCUUUGCUUGUAAAAUUAAUGUGUCUGUCUAAAAUGACUUCCUCUUCGUUUCUAAAGAUUUAGGACUUGUAGUAACUCCGGCUUUGUAUUUUGACUUUGA